AUUUGUUCGUCUUCAAGGUUUCUUUCAUACGAUCAAGUUAGGAUUGUUCUAUCUGGUUAAGGAUAUCUCUAGUUGUAAAUUUGGGACAACGUUUUGAUGAACUAUUAUUAGGAUUGAACGAUUUAAAAUUGAACUCAUUAAGGCGGAUGUAUAGUAAUUCAGGGUUUACUUAACUUUUCCGACACUCGUCGCAUUAACUUUUGCAUUAAAGGGAUAAAACUAUAACAGUUUUAGUUACACAAUGCGGGAGUUCAGUCAUAAAACCGUCAUACCAGCCAUGUACCUAGUUAUUGGCAUAAUUUUCCUCCUAGCGUCGGCAUCAAAAUAUUGCUUUGCUAAGGCGCAACAACCGCCGCUUCCACAAACACAGAAAGAGGCGAGAUACGUCCUUCAGAACAUGCUAAAGACCAACCCUGCUGAAGAAGGGCAACUAAAGAUAUUACCACAAGCCCCAGACAAUAUGACAGCGAAACAAGCACAUUUUGGGCCUGUGGUUAACAUGGCAAUAAAUGCGAUCGGUGAAAUGUUGAAACCCAACAAUGAAACUGCCCAAGUUGCCAAAAUCAACUCUAGACCAGGAGCCAAUGCUGCCGGAGAAUUGAACGCCUCGAAUUUACUUUCUCAGUCUACAGUGCUUCAAGAAGUGUUGGAACUCAUUUCAGAUCAGAUACAAGAAGGCCAAAUCGAAGCUGCGAAAAACAACAUAACUAUCGGGAACAAUAUGGCAUCCCUUUUUGGCCUAGUGAGUCCUCUGAAGCUCCUCAAAGACUUGGCUGGUAACCAUCCGGCACGACAGAUUUUACAAAAUUCCCCGCAGGGAUCGGUCAAUGAAAAGUGUUUAAAUGACCUUACCGAUAUGGUGGACUCGGCUGUUGCAGGAAAAAUGUGGGCUUUGAAUAUGAUUGACGCCGAUGGGAAGCCAUCAGCAGGUAUUCUUCGAGGCUCAUUCUACUUCGUUGGCUCUUACGACGAAUGCAUCCUUGUAAAACCUAGCAUAAAGGCUGGUGAUGUCAUAGGCGGGAAAAAGCGUACUUCGUCGAGCAGUUUUAAUACCAGAUUUUGUCGUAUUGAUAUUGCAAUUCCGAAGAAGAUCAUUGAUUCGUUACAUGUCAACACCCAUGGCAUCCACCUGAAGGUCACGACGGGCUUGUGUGUUCCUGACUCGUGCCGCAGCUCUGAUGUUAAGGGAUUGUUCAGCCUAGGCCAAUUGAAACGACUGAAGUUAAAGAUAGAGAACUCAUACUGUUAUGGAGACAAGGAUUUGAGGACAGACAAUACUGCACUUGUAGCCAUAUUUGUAUUGGCAUUUUUCGCCUUUCUCAUUGUAUUCGGAACAUUAUGUGACAUUGCCAAAAGAAGACGAGUAUCAAAGAAACAGAUUCCUAUGCAGGAAGAGAGUAUAAAUGAAUCACGAUAUACCUCCAUCCGUGAUCUCAUUAACCAACACCCACAAACAACGUCCGUUGAAAUAAUAUCCUCGGAAAAUCAGGAUUCUGACUUUCCGUCAGCGUACAUGCCACAUCGGGAAAAUUAUAGGGGAGCCAUAACCAUAGUAGCCAAUAGUGAUAAUCGCGUUAUCAGUAAUGGAUCAGCCGAUAUUCAGGGAAAUGGGGAAAACCAAGGGGAAGUAACUAGUUCUCUACUUCAAGAAGACAAGAAUUAUCGUGAUCCUCUCAUCGAACGCAUGCUCAUUUGUUUUUCUGUGUAUACUAACGCCCCCAAAUUACUUAAUGCACAUACCGGAAGAGACGCAAUAACGUGUGUGCACGGGAUUCGCUUCCUGAGUCUCACGUGGGUAAUUAUUGGCCACACCUAUAGCUACGGAAUACUCUCACAGGACGAGACAUUUACAACAGACAAUCUGCUAGACUUCGCUCCCAUCUACGAAAGGUUCACCUUUCAAGCUGUAAUUGGUGGUGGAUUUGCUGUGGACACGUUCUUCGUGCUCAGUGCAUUCCUUGUGACCUGGCUCCAGCUGAAAGACAUUGCAAAGCGAACGAAGAAAUGCAGCAUAGGUCAUUUCAUCAUGUACUACUUCCAUCGGUUUUGGAGGUUAACACCACUGUACAUGCUGGUGUUAAUGGCGUUUGCCUGCCUGUACCAAUACCUGGGAUCAGGACCUUUUUGGCCCAGCAAGAUCUGGGACGCUGAGCAUUGCAAGACAAAUUGGUGGACCAACCUGCUUUAUGUCAACAAUGUUGUAGGCACAAACGCGCAGUGUAUGGCUUGGUCAUGGUAUCUUGCAGUCGAUAUGCAGUUUUAUGUCAUCACCCCAAUAUUCUUGGCUCUCAUGUACUGUAUGCAUUCGGACGGUGGUGCUUACUGGAAGGAUGUAUACACAGUCCCCUGGUGUCGAUUUGGAUGUUGGGGUUUAGGUAUGCUUCUAGGUUUCAUCAUCUACAAGCGAGGAAACAAGCCGAUACAGAGCAAGCUGGUAUUGUUCGGAGGGUGGUUAGUGGCUACAGCAACUGGACUGGCAAUAAUCUACUCCCCGUAUAGUGAUAACAGAGAUGGCGACGGAAAGUGGUCACCUGUUCAGAGAGGGCUAUAUGAGAGUUUAGGUCGUCCGGCGUGGGGUGUUUGUGUAGCCUGGGUGAUCUUUGCGUGUCAUACAGGAUGCGGAGGAAUUGUGAACAGUUUGCUGUCAUGGUCGGGUAUCGUCCCUUUGUCUCGACUGACCUACGCAGCCUAUCUUGUUCAUCCUAUCUGUAUGAAGGUCUACUUCUACUCCAGGAGAGUCAUAUUCCACGUUAACGACUACAGUAUGCUUUAUCUAUUCUUCGGCCAUUUCUGCAUCACAUACAUGGUGUCGUUCGUCGUGUCGUUGGCCUUCGAGGCUCCAGCAAUUGCAUUAGAAAAAGUUUUGUUCAGUAGAGGAAAACGUCACUAGCGCAACCACCAAUUUACGCAAAACACUACUUUUACGGUUACCUGUACAUGUGGACUACUUUUCGACCGCAACGUUAUCAAUAUAUGCGUGCAUCAUACAUGUUUAAAAUGGCAAUAGGAAAUUUAACGUAUGCGAAUUCCAACCAGCCUACAACAUACUAGUUUCAAGUGAAAUUACGCAAACAACUUUUGUUCAGAGGUGGAAAACAUCACUAGCGCAAUCAUCAAUUUACGCAAAGCACACUUAACGGUUAACUGUACGUGUGGACUACUUUUUGUGGACCACGUCAUCAAUAUAUGCGUGCAUUGUACAUGUUUAGAAAGUUAAUAAGGAGUGGAAUGGGACGAAUGCGAAUACCAGCCAGCCUACAUCAUACUUAGUUUCAACUAUUUGUACAUAGACGUGUAAACUUAUCUGCAACUUGUACAUGGACGUGUAGACUUAUCUGCAACGUGUACAUGGACGUGUAGACUUAUCUGCAACGUGUACAUGGACGUGUAGACUUAUCUGCAACUUGUACAUGGACGUGUAGACUUAUCUGCAACUUGUACGUGGACGUGUAGACUUCUCUGCAACGUGUACAUGGACGUGUAACUUAUCUGCAAUGUGUACAUGGACGCGUUAACUUAUCUGCAAGUUUUACGCGGACGUGUUAACUUAUCUGCAUCUUGUACAUGGAUGCGUUAACUGAUCUGCAACUUGUCAUGGACGUGUUAACCUAUAUGCAACUUGUACAUGGACGUGUAAACUUAUCUGCAACUUGAACAUGGACGUGUAAACUUAUCUGCAACUUGUACAUGGACGUGUAAACUUAUCUGCAACUUGUACAUGGACGUGUAAACUUAUCUGCAACUUGUACAUGGACGUGUAAACUUAUCUGCAACUUGUACAUGGACGUGUAAACUUAUCUGCAACUUGUACAUGGACGUGUAAACUUAUCUGCAACUUGUACAUGGACGUGUAAACUUAUCUGCAACUUGUACAUAGACUUGGAAACUCAUCUGCAACUUGUACAUUGACGCCUGAACUUACCUGCAAUUUGUACAUGGACGUGUGAACUUAUCUGCAACUUGUACAUAGAAGUGUAAACUCAUCUGCAACUUGUACAUUGACGCCUGAACUUACCUGCAACGUGUGAACUUAUCUGCAACGUGUACAUGGACGUGUGAACUUAUCUGAAACGUGUACAUGGGCGUGUAAUCUUAUUUGCAACUAGUACAUGGACAUGUAAACUUAUCUGCAACUUGUUCAUGGAUGUGUAAACUUAUCUGCAACUUGUACAUGGUCGUGUAAACUUAUCUGCAACUAGUACAUGGACAAGUAAACUUAUCUGCAACUUGUACAUGGUUACUACACGUAUGCGUACAAGUCAAGUGUCGCUCAUUGUGUCGCGAAGGUUUCAUGGAAAAUCAGCUGUUGAAGGGAGGAAAUUGUAACUAUCACAAAUCAAUGUGGUUCUGUGCAUUAGCAGUUCCUGUUUCAUGUCAUUGGCAUUCAAAACGUGGGUCCGGGCUACUGCCUGUUGUACUCCUGAAGACAUAGCUUCUGGUACUGCAGUAAAACGGGGGUUUGGGUAAUCUUAGUGCCAAUGUUUUUUGUUAAUAUUGCAUGACUAUGUUUCAACUUCAACACUCAAAAUUAGUACAUUCAAACAACAUCUAUCAGCAAAAUGGUACGAAAUCCUGUUAGGUAUGUUUGCUAUGGACAGAAACAUUCCCGAGUGUAAAAAAGACGCGCGGAGCUAAACAUGAUAUCCCGUGUCCUUUUCCUGCAUUUGUAUUUAUAAUACUCUUCACAGGCCAAUGGCCAUACAAUUAAUUGAUAAAUACGCACAAAAUACGCACACAGUUGAAUAUUCAAUAGCUUUUCGGACUUUUGAUAGCAUAGUAACAUUGUAAGAAUAAGCGUUUAUGUAAUAAAAGGUGUUAGUAUGUACUUACAAAACUAAAUGGUUUGAUGCUACGCAAUCGCAUAGCAUUUUUUGUGUAAAUACAUUAUACAAUCUUUAAUAUGUUUAGUGGUCUGCAUUGUAUUGCGUAAGCUACCUACUUAAUUUUCCAGCCACUGCUUUUAUAUAUUGAUUCAUCUUAUUUUAAUCAAUAACGUCUGACUGCUGCUUUUCUGGAAAGCUUCAGAAAUAUUGCCUUCUCAUAUGACAAAAUUAAAUGUUGGCCACUAAAUAUACUUAUUGUGCAUUGUUGUUUUAUUUAUAUAAAUGUUUUCAAUUGGACAUUGCUUUUUUAGUGCAAUAAUAUAUGUUUGUUUGAUACAAAAUAUUAUUGCAAUAUUACUCUUUACUUUAUACAUUGGUUUAUGUUUCUGUUUAAGUUUGUGGUAGCGGUGCCUUCGU